CGAACCCGGCAUCGCCGGCACCUCUUCCCUUCCCAUUUUCUAACCCCACAUUUUGUACUCUCACGUUAGCUCGUGAUGCCAGAACAGCCCAGGAAACCAUCAGACCAGGAGCAGGAUCAAUCAGAGACGGGUCCACCGACAAACAAGAGAAGACGUAUUGGUUUGGCAUGUAAUGCCUGUCGGUCACGCAAGUCUAGAUGCGAUGGACAGCGCCCUUCGUGCUCGUCGUGCCUGUCCCUUGGUUUCGACUGCAUGUACGAGCCUGGUGAUUCUGCCACGAACGUAAUUGUUCGCAAAGACUAUGUCUCGGAUCUCGAACAGCGUGUCAGCUCUGUUGAGCAUAAUCUCCAACGGUUGAACGAUGUUCUCAAGGGUCAUCUCUCGCCUUGUAACAACACGAAUACCUCACCAUGUCAACAUGGAAACAUCAACGUUGGCCACUCUAUGCCUUCACCUGCACCCACUGCACCGGCGAAAGCGUCAGCGCCAUCGGGAGCAGGGACAGGGACAUGUGCGACAAGCCUAGAAGAGCCUCAGGAUGAGGAAGGUAUUCCCAAUGGGAUGGCCAUGACGUUUGUCGAAGAAAAGACAUCGGCGUUUUAUGGCGAAGCCUCCAAUAUUAACUUCACGCAACUUCUUCUUCGCGCCAUCGCGGCUGUGCACCACUCACCGGGCGCGCCGUCUGCGCUUGACAGAGCUUCUGUGUUGGGAGAAAAUGUUGUUGCAAGUGUCUCCCAAAGCAAAGGCUCUCUGGGAGGCUCAGCAACACCACUAGACUCACUACCCACCGCCCUGCCAUCUGUCGAGGAGAUGGACACUUUGCUUGACCUCUACUUCGACACAGCUGGUGUUGUCUUCCCCUUCAUUCACGAAGAGACCAUGAGAAGUACAUACAAUGAAUGCAGACUCAACGGCUUCACAAGAGCUCGAAGAACAUGGCUUGGAACUCUGAACAUGGUAUUUGCCAUGGCGAGUAACUUUGACAGGGACUACACUACAUCGUCCAAGAAGCGCUUCGAGAGGUCCAACGCUUUCUACAAAAGAGCUUUGGGCCUUUGCAACGAGCUAUCAAAGCGUGUCAUAAGUCUUGAGAUAGUUCAUUAUCUCAUAUUGGUCGUUCUUCAUUGUCAGGGAACUUCACGCUCCGUGCAAGCCUGGAACAACUACGGUCUUGUUAUCCGAUCGGCUAUGGCACUAGGACUUCACACCGAGUCCACUGAGAGGUCGCUUGAUCCUGUGCAGAAAGAAUAUCGUCGUCGGACUUGGGUGGUCAUAUACUGCCUUGACAAAGUGCUCAGCACAGCUGUAGGAAGACCCGCGAGUAUCCCAGAUGAGCAGAUGACGCGGCGAGAGCCAGCAUCUGGAUGGUCACCUCCGACCUCUGACGCCGCCGAUCUACCUGGUGAUUUCUUGGCUGUAUCAUUCAGGAUGUAUCAGGUGAUGAGCAAGUCUCUCGCCAUUCAGUACGGUGCAAAUCUCGAUCACGACGCAGACCCUGAUGAAAUGGCCCACCUCAAGGCCUCAGGUGAACUCCGAAAACAACUUCGGCUUUGGGCGGCGAAUCUACCGCCACAUCUUCAACUGUGCGACGUUGAGUCGGAUGCUCUUUCUCAAAACACAAAGGCGAACAGACUUCGCGUUAUUCUUACGAUGAGAUAUCAUAAUCUGAGUAUUCUCAUACAUAAACCACUGCUCAGCGCUACGAUACGACAUUUGUUCCGACAGGAUGACACGGCGAAUGAAAGCUCAUCGUACUUGAUACAGCUCGCCAUGGCGGAAGCGCAUGAAUGUGUUCGCUCAGCACAACUUACAAUUGACAUUGUUCAUUCCGUUAUCAGUGUAGAUUCCACGAGCAAGAACAAUCUUGGGGUAUGGUAUUUCACACUUUACUAUGUCUUCACGGCCUCACUGGUCAUCUGCGGGCGGUUACUCUGGGCACAACAUGGAGACACUGUAGUUGACGAAGCAUCCGUCAGCCACAUGAAGUUCCUCCUCAGCAAAGCAGAAGCAAUAUUCCUGAAUCUGGAUCACGAGAAUAGUCUCGUGCUAAGUUGCCUAGAAUACAUUCGUAGACUCUCGCGAAUGUGCGGCAAAAAAGAAAUUGCCCCGGAUGCUGCGUCUGCUAUUAUGCACGAUAAUGGGUCGAGUUCUACGGGUUCUGCGGACGCUAUGUCUUUUAAUCUCGAUAACAUGGAUCCCUUUCAGCUUUUUGCGUCGGAGAUGUUUGAUCCCGCUAUUUUUGAACAUUUUCAUCAAUCACCUGUCGAUGGUAUGAGUUUUGUGAAUGGGUUAUGGGAGGGGUUUCCUUGUGGAGGAUGAGACGACCACCGCAUGAAUAUAGCAAGUUUGGAUAGGUCAUGAUGUUGCGUUCAAUUGAUUACAGGCCUCACAAUGAGUUUUGGUUUUGUCUCACUUGUACCGACAGUGAACCUAUUUGAAGAAC